UAGAAAACCUUAGACAAAGAGAAAAAGAAUAUCGAUAGGGUCGUUUCAAAAUCGCAUAAACCUGGACCACCCCAGCACCCAGCGAGAUCUCCGGACCACCGCACUACCCGCUGCUGUUAUAGCCAUCGCCGGUGACGCUCACCGACUGUCUCAGUCAUCUGCGGUGACCACCAACGACCUCUUGGUCUCAUUCGACAAUUCUUUUUAUUUUUUUACAUUACCUACGUGUAUAUACUAUACUUUUAUUAGAUUAGGUCGUGUUUAUUAUUAUUGGAAUUGCAACAUACAACCUAAAAGGGGUGUGAACAAGGCAAAUGAAGAGAUGGAAGAGCAUAUAAGAAACAGAGGAACGAACGGCGACAGAGAAUGGAAAUUGUGUUUCACGGCAUUUGACAGAUCUAGGGUGACUGCUUGAUUAUGCACAGUGGAGAAGUUUAUGCUUGAAUCUUGUUGAGCUUCACCCUUCUCUGCCAUGUCAAAUGCCUCAAAAAGUUUCGCUGCAUCUGAUAAAUGUGAAAGAGUAGGACCUGAUUACUUUGGAUAUUACUAUUCUGAAAUAGUAAAUCUAUUGUCACAAGAUGAAGAUGUUUUUCCUGUUUCUACUCAAACACCCAAGCUACCUGAAAGAAAAUAUGAAGAGGGAAAAAAGAAGAAUUUAGUCAAUCAGAGUGAUAAUUGUUCUGGCCCAUUGUUUAGUAAUGGUGUUGAAGCUGGGAUUUCAAACUUUAAAAAGGACAGAUUAAAAUCACUGCUGAGACAGAGUGUCACUGCACUUUCGUCCGAAGUUGAUGAGGUGGUAGACCCCGUUUUUGCCACAUAUCAUUUGCAAUCCAAUCUAAGAAGUAAAUCACAUUCCUUGAAUGAUAUCAAGAUUGCGUCUGACAAUGUAGUGCAAGUUCCUUGUAAAAAGCCAAAGGUGUCCUCAUCUUCUACCAACUUUCUUGAACAAACUAGCAAUGUCAAUCCCCAAUGCAAUUUGAAGGAGAGUGAUGAUAUUCAAUUCCUACUAGAGAAUGAUGGUGUGGAGGUUGCAGAGAUGGUGAAGAAAUAUUCUAAUGAGCUAACUAGAACACUAGGGUAUAUGGAACAACAACUUGAGUUGCUUCUUGAUGCUAUAAUGUUCAAGUGCAGGUCCAUGACCCUUGCUGAGAAACAACAGCUACACAGAUUGAUUCAGAAGCUACCAGCAAGAAAUCUAGACCGUGUGGUGGAGUUAAUUUGUCGAAAUAGGCCAGUAGAAGAACAAAGUUGCGACAAAAUAUUUGUUGAUUUGGAAAAAGAGGACAAUGCUACACUCUGGAGACUGUAUUACUAUGUUGAAGCGGUUGAGAAAGCCAAAAGCCUUUCUUGUAGUCAAGAGGCCUAGUUUUCCGAAUGCUUUUGAAAGCCUCUGAGCCUUAAUGAUAGUUCAUUAAAAUUCAAAUAGAUUUUUCUCAUCUAACUUACUCUAGAAUCUCUAGAUUUCCAAAAUGCUUACCUCUUGCGACAUUAGGAUACUUUUGGCCAUCUACUGGGACGUAAAUGCCCAAUACCUAAAGUGUAUAGCAUUUAGUGUUCAUUUUUUUAAGUCACCAAAUAUGUAUCGUCCCAGAUUGUUGUAGGAUAUAUGUUUCAAGUCAGAAAUGCAUCUCGAAUUGAUAGCAAAACGUGAUGUUUAGCCGGAGAUAUGUCGAUAUCAAGGUUAAUUACUAAUUUUAAAUUAAA